GUAAUUACCAAACUUAGAUAAAAUAACGAUACAUAAAGGUGUUAGUUUUGAAUGUGGGCUAGUAAAGCUAAGCAGACUAGACUAAUAGGCUUGACAUUGCAGAUAUGAAGUUAGUACUAUUAAUAUUUUGUGUUGCCUUGGCACAUGUGAACGCCCAAUGCAUCCCCAAGCCUAUAACAUGCAAACCAUUACCGUACCCCGCCGUCGCCCUACCAUCAUGUAACUGCCCUAACAUUCCCAGUUUACCAGUGUCACCAUCCGUUCUCCCAGCGAUUAACGCACCACCUUUUGGGGUACCGUGUUUGCCCGGUAUUGCGCCUUUAGGCUUGAUUAACCCGUUCCUGCCGCCGGCUUCGCCUAUAUCAGCGUUGGCGCCUACUGUGUCUUCGCUGUAUCCGCCUAUUAACCCGUGCAAUUGCGGAUGCAAGUAUUUGAAGAAGAUACCUAUACCACCGCCGUGUUUGUAGUCUUUUUAAUAAAAUAAUUUGUAAACUA